UAAUUAGAUGUAAUUAUCCAAGAUAAUUAUUUUAAUUUAAUGUAAAUUAAGUAAUUAAGUAUAUUUGUUUAUUGUAUCGACAUGAAAAUAUAACAAGUUUAUGAUAAAUGUUUUUUUUUUUAUAAUAAAAUUUAAUGGGUUUUUUUUUUAAUGGGCGGGUUUUAAAUGAAAUUUUGUAACAAAGGACAUUGAGGAUCAAGUUUUAUCAAGGAUACACAUUUGGAACAAAGGAUUCGAGAAUCUGCUCGAAUUCUUAACGUACAUGUGUCGUCAUCUGACGUACGAUUAAUUUAAUUUAAAUUUUUUGAGUGAAUGUAGCAGACAUUUUUUAAAUUUUAAAUAAAUAAAUAAAAUAAUGAAAUUUUAAAAAAUGCGCGUACUGAUUUUUGAAUUUUUGUUCCUCAGAUUUUGUUCAUUUAUUCAAAAAUUUUAAAAAUUUCCUUGUCAGUUGCAUUCACUCAUAAUUUUUUUUUAUUCUGAAACUCGAAUUUAAAAAAAAAAACAAUUUUUUUUUUUAAAUUAAAAUCCUACGAUACCUUAUUAUUUUUUUUUUAUAAAUUGAAUGAUAUAUUUUGUAAAAGAAUAAUUUUAGGUUAAAAACGCUUCAUAUAUACACUAGGUGACAGCCACAUGUAAAUUUAACCGGUAGUUAUUAUUAUUAACAAUAAUUAUAAUAAACAAUUAAAAUAAAAUGGAUGAAGAAAAAAAUUCAAAUGAAGAAUCAGGGGAAAAAAAUGAAGUACAAUUCAGUCAUGAAGAGCUGGUAAAAUUGACUCAAGAAGCAAUUGAUAAAAUAAUUGAAAGUGAUCCACUUUUUUCUGGACUACCUUCGGACGUAACUAUCGAAGAAUUAAAAUCUCAGACAGCAGUCGCUCAAGGACAAGCCAUCACAUUGUAUUUAAAUCGGGGUGAAUUACCUCGUCUAUCUAUUGUGGUUUCGCCAAACAACACCACAGUACUCGAUUUAAAAAAAGCAAUAAGAAGACAAACAACGCUGGCCCUUCACCGAGAACGAGUAGAGAAGAAAAUAAGCUGGAAGCACGUGUGGAAAAAAUAUGACUUGUGCUUCGGUGGAAUCUCCUUAAAUAACGACAGAGAAAAUAUCAAAAAUUACGGUAUCACUAAUAAAGUUGAAUUACACUACGUAAAAAAACGCAGAGAAAAAAAUAAAGUACUUAAUGCAUAGUAAAUAAUUAAAUUAACAUUUCCAUUGUAUUUAUAAUACUUAAUAUAUAUAUACACAGAUCUAUAACUAGUGUUUAAAAAAUAUGAAUUAAUUUUUAUUUUGAACAGCUUCUUUUUCUUGCAUUUCUUCCUGCUCUUUAUCUUCAGGAUUUUUAUUUUCCUCAGAUUCUUUCUUGGGUGCUUUCGUUAUAUGAAUUUUCAAAUUUGGUAGACAGUCUUCGAUCAUCAUACACGUCAAUUCAAACGCUGGACUGUCAGAGUAAUCAGUGACAAUUAAAUCUUUUAAAUUCCAUGCUCUGUAGAGAGCUUCUAGACCGCGUUCUGUUACUUUUUCGCACUCGGAAAUAUCCAAGUACUCAACAGUUGGACACAAACCGACAACUCUGUCUAGGCACCAGUCAUCAAAGUACUUGCAGUUUUUAAAUGUCAGUCGUCUGAGCCAUUUCAGAUGUUUGAAAUUUUCAAUACCUUCGUAAACAAUUGUAGUAUUACUGACAUCUAUUUCCUCAACAUACCAAUCGCGUUGGUAAGAAUUUGGUAUCUUGAUCAUGUCGGAGAUGUCCCACAUCUCGGUCUCACCUUUUUUACGGAUUUUACCUUUUCUAUAAACAACGAAAUGUACUGCGGCUAAGUCAUUACCCAAUGCUUGAUUACGGUCAGUAAGAUACUUUUGAUCAAACUGCAAGUACUCAUACUGACGUAUUUUAUACCAGUGUCUAAAGUCUGUGGGGUUGAAAGUUUUUCCUCGGAAAAUAAAACCUCCAGCAUCAUCUCUGUCCGCCUGAUUAUUGAACAUACCCAGAAAUGAUUCGCCUAUAGGUGAUUCACCCGGCAUUCGUCGCCAUUUUUUUAAUGUACGUCGUUCUCUUGGUACAUCAGACUCCUCUUCUUCUCGUUGAAGUGCUUCUGGACUCUUGUAAUGAUCUGGGUGGUGCGUUGCAAGUCGCUUAAAUAUUUGUAAUGAAUUUACCGCGGAUCCGCGUACUUUAGUCACCACUUUAUUUAAAAACAUGUUUAUUAAUAAUCAGUUUUUUUUUCCACAAAUUACAAAAAGAAAAAAACUAAAAA